AUGAUCCUCUACUGGGACCACAUCAACCAUGAGGAGAUGUUCUCAGAUAUCUACAAGAUCUGGGAGAUCCCAGAUGGGCUGUGCCUGCAGGUAGAGGGGAAGAUGGUCAGGAGGACAGAGGGUAACAUUGAUGACUCGCUUAUUGGUGGAAAUGUCUCCGCUGAAGGCCUGGAGAGGGAAGGUACCGAAAGCACAGUCAUCCCAGGUGUUGAUAUUGUCAUGAACCAUCAUAUGCAGGAAACCAGCUUCACAAAAGAAGCUUAUAAGAAGUACAUCAAAGAUGACAUGAAAUCAUUCCAAGGGAAGCCAGAAGAACAGAGACCAGAAAGAGUAAAGCCUUUUAUGACAGGGGCUGCAGAACAAAUCAAGCACACCCUUGCCAAUUUCAAAAACUACCAGUUCGUUGUUGGUGAAAAUGUGAAUCCAGAUGGCGUGACUGCUCUGCUGGGCUACCAUGAGGAUGGCUGA